AUGUCGAGCUCCAUGUCUCGUCAGCUCGGCUUCGCCCUGCGAUCCGUCUCAAGAUCUGCUGUCGCCGGCUCCUCCAAGCAGGGCCUCGCCUCGGUCGCACCUCGCGCUUACGCCGUCGCACCCGCAUCGCGAGCCAUGCCCUUCUCGACAGCACGCACCGCAUUCAACUCUGCCGAAAAGAAGAAGGAAGAGGAGACCAAGGCUUCCGGCGAGGCCAUGGGCGCCACCGACAAGGAUGCGGGUGCUGGCAACGGCAACGAUGCAUUGCAAUCGCAGAUCAAGGAGAAGGAUGCCAAGAUCAAGGAGCUGCAAGAAGCCAUCCUGUACGGCAAGGCUGACUAUCAGAAUCUGCAGCGACGAUCCAAGGACGAGAAGCUGCUAGCGGGUGACGUGGCCAUCACCAAGCUCGCCAAGGACCUCACCAGCUCGAUCGACAUUCUCGGUCUGGCGCUCAAGUCGGUGCCCGAGGAGAUGCGCAACGCGCCUAAGGACCUCGACUCCAAGGAUCCCCGCCGUGUGCUCGCCGACUUGUACUCGGGUGUCGACCUCACCUCCAAGUCAUUGCUCGACAUGCUCCGAACACACGGCAUCGUCCAGUUUGACCCCACUGGCGAGAAGUUCGACCCCAAGGAGCACGAGGCAUUGUACCAGGCCCCCGUUCCUGGCAAGGAGCCCGGCAGCGUUCUUGAUUGCAGCAAGGUCGGCUACAGGAUCAAGGACCGUCUGCUCCGUGCGGCCGAGGUGGGUGUCGUGCAGUCUGCCUAA